AGGUAAAUUAGACCAGAUGGAGGUAGGUAAAUUAGACCAGAUGGAGAAGGGUAAAUUAGACCAGAUGGAGAAGGAUAAAUUAGACCAGAUGGAGAUGGGUAAAUUAGACCAGAUGGAGAAGGAUAAAUUAGACCAGAUGGAGAUGGGUAAAUUAGACCAGAUGGAGAAGGAUAAAUUAGACCAGAUGGAGAUGGGUAAAUUAGACCAGAUGGAGGUAGGUAAAUUAGACCAGAUGGAGAAGGGUAAAUUAGACCAGAUGGAGAAGGAUAAAUUAGACCAGAUGGAGAUGGGUAAAUUAGACCAGAUGGAGAUGGGUAAAUUAGACCAGAUGGAGAUGGGUAAAUUAGACCAGAUGGAGAUGGGUAAAUUAGACCAGAUGGAGAUGGGUAAAUUAGACCAGAUGGAGAUGGGUAAAUUAGACCAGAUGGAGAUGGGUAAAUUAGACCAGAUGGAGAUGGGUAAAUUAGACCAGAUGGAGAUGGGUAAAUUAGACCAGAUGGAGAUGGGUAAAUUAGACCAGAUGGAGAUGGGUAAAUUAGACCAGAUGGAGGUAGGUAAAUUAGACCAGAUGGAGGUAGGUAAAUUAGACCAGAUGGAGAAGGGUAAAUUAGACCAGAUGGAGAAGGAUAAAUUAGACCAGAUGGAGAUGGGUAAAUUAGACCAGAUGGAGAUGGGUAAAUUAGACCAGAUGGAGAUGGGUAAAUUAGACCAGAUGGAGAUGGGUAAAUUAGACCAGAUGGAGAUGGGUAAAUUAGACCAGAUGGAGAUGGGUAAAUUAGACCAGAUGGAGAUGGGUAAAUUAGACCAGAUGGAGAUGGGUAAAUUAGACCAGAUGGAGAAGGGUAAAUUAGACCAGAUGGAGAUGGGUAAAUUAGACCAGAUGGAGAUGGGUAAAUUAGACGUACAUUCGGUCUUUAUAUUACUGUAGCAUAGACUAUUCUGCAGCAAAAGUUACCAUGAUGAGAUGAUAUAUGAUGAUAGGUCUGCAUGCAUUGUGAACUGCGCUCCAUACUGAGAGUUGACGAUUCAUCAUGCAGAGGCCAUAAGAGAAGCCAGAUUUAGACAAACGCAUAUAAUUUAACAGUUCCAUUUUACGCCACGCUGUUCAUAUAAAUAAUUUCUAAUAAUGUAUAGGUUUUUCGCAGUUAUUUAUCACAAGAAAAAGGAGUGGUUUUGGGCGGUAAAAUCUUGGUAACCGAGUUCCCGCCAUUCAACCCUAUUUCAGAGCCCAGUCCGCCAUAACAGGAGCUCUGUUCUCGAGUAACACUAACACUGGGACAACCAAUCUAACCUCGUGACAGCACUGUCAGGGAAACAGUGUGUGUAGGUAUAAUAAUGUCUUAAGUGCAGUUGAGAGAGAAGAUACACUGUAUACUGAACAACAAUAUAGACGCAACAUGCAACAAUUUCAAUUUGAGUUACAGUUCAUGUGAGGAAAUCAGUCAUUUGAAAUAAAUUCAUUAGACCCUAAUCUAUGGUUUUGACAUGACUGGGAAUACAGAUAUGCAUCUGUUGGUCACAGAUAACUUUUUAAAAAAUGGCCCUCACAAUAGACCUCAGGAUCUCAUCACUGUAUUUUUGUGCAAUCAAAUUUCCAUCGUUAAAAUGCAAUUGUGUUCGUUGUCUGUAGCUUAUGCCUGCCCAUAUCAUAACCCCACCGCCACCAUGGGGCACUCUGUUCACAACGUUGACAUUAGUAAACCACUUGCCCACACGACACCAUACACAUGGUCUGCAGCUGUGAGGCCGGUUGGAUGUAGAGACAAAUUCUCUAAAACGAUGUUUGAGGUGGCUUAUGGUAGAUAAAAUGAACAUUCAAUUCUCUGGCAAAAGCUCUGGUGGACAUUCUUUCUGUCAGCAUGCCAACUGCACGCUCCCUCAAAACUUGAGACAUCUGUGGCAUCGUGUUACUGUAUUUGACAAAACUGCACAUUUUCGAGUGGCCUUUUAGUGUCCCCAGCACAAGGUGCACCUGUGUAAUGAUCAUGUUGUUUAAUCAGCUUCUUGAUAUGCCACACUUGUCAGGUGGAUGGAUUAUCUUGACAAAGGAGAAAUGCUCACUCAGUUCCGCUUGUUUAAUGAUGCAAUUACUUUCAACACUUUUUGCUUAUAAAUCUGACUGAGAUGGCUGUAUCUUGAUUCAUUGUCGACGCCCCAUUUAACCUUACAUACAGACAGAUGGCUUAAUUUACAGACAUGCCUUGUAGUGUAUACAGCAUAUGACAUCAUUGGUUUUAACCUGAAUGGAGGACAUCAUAAAUA